CGGCAGUUCCACGCCAGUCAGUAAAUCGCGGCCCACCGGAGCUGCAGGCCCAAAACGCAAACCCUUUCCUAAAACCUCCGCCGCCGCCGCCGCCGCCGCCGCCGCCAAGGAAGCGAGCAGGAAAAGAGGAAGCUACCGACCGAUCCACCAAUGGCGGGCGGCGGGCUGUUUGGCGGCGCCGGUGCGUUCUGGGCGACGCGGGCGCUGGAGGUGGUGAAGAGGAACGAUGCCCCGGGCCUGCUGUGGAAGCGGAUCAAGCUCACUACCACCCGCAAGAACAACGCCAAGAAACGCCUUAAGCGCCUCUGGCAGAACGAAGCAGUUAUAAGGGCUUGUGGUCAGGUAGAGUCAUCGUCGACCUCAAACACUGCCGCCACCUCAGCUGGGAAACGACAGUAGCUCUUCCGAAGUCAAUUCAUGACCUGUGUGGAAAAGCUUAUAUGCAAUUGAAAAGAAUAAAAAUGAGUGGUGACCUUUGCAUGACAUGCUGAAAGCUGAAGCAAUAUCCUUCCAUAUGUUUUUCAUUGUCACUCCAGAAAUUGGAACAAGUACAUGCAUGUACACAUCUACUUUCUUCAUCAGGAGGACAUCAUUGCUUGCCGCCAUAUGCCUCUCAGUUCCCUCGUGCUUACAUCAGUUUGUAGCCUCUUUCCUUUUCCCUCUUUAUGAAGCUCAGUAUUUCCCAGUUAUGCGCUUUACAUCACUUAGCCGAGACUAUUAGUCCCCAUCUGUAAAAGUGUUAUUUUCCGUUUUUUAGCGGGAAAUACACUGGAUUUCUGUGAACAUGCCCCUUGAUUUCUGCGUCAUGCCUAGGUCAGUAAAUGUACUGUUCUGGCGAUGUUCAUAUUGUGUGUGCUGAAAUGCAAUGCACCCAUUAUGUCGUUGACGUCAGCUAGUCACCAUUUCUAA